AUGGCGCCACUAACGUUGAGCGUGAUUGACAAUGAUCUGAAAGAUGUGAUACAACAUCUAUUCGAAAUCCAAUCCGCUGUUCAUGGAUAUCUGGGGUCCGAAACACAACAAGAACUUGUGCGAAAAAUAGAGAAAGACGAGGGAAAAGACGCCUUACACACUCUGCAUCAUCGUUCCACUUUUGAAAACCUGCGAUAUAUUAACUCGAGUGACAAUACUAGAAAAUCCUUGACCCUCUCCCUAUCAACCCUCUCAGAGCAUUCCCGCCCGGACCCCUCGGCUUCCCCAUCCCAAACAUCCCUACGCAUAAAUGAUCCUGACCCGCCCCUCCAAUCCGUUCAACUUCCCCCAGAAAUCAUAGACUAUGUCGACGCAGCACGCAACCCGGACAUUUACACGCGAGAAUUCGUCGAACUUGUACAACGUGGCAACCAGGACUUGAAAGGAAAGGUGCAGGCCUUUGCCAGUUUCCGGGACAUUCUCGCGAGGGAGAUGGCGAGCGCGAUGCCCGAGUGUAAAGGGGAGGUUGAGAGGGUGCUGAGAGUUACUGGCGGAAGUGCCAGCAGUUAA